UUCUCUCUAAUGGGUCCCGCGCUCGACUUCCGGUUACCUGAAGAAACCAAUUUCUGAUUUACAGAUCUGUGGGGGGCUUCUGCAACUGCAUCUUUUCUGUUUACUAACUGUGCUAAUCGAAGUGGUUAAGUAAGGGGUAACGCGCUCAUUGUCUCCUUCACUUACUCAAAUGCUUGCAGAGCGCUGUUUUAGUCUUGGGUACCUUCUAUGAGCGUUCUGGGCAGGAAGGAUGUUGAAAAAACAAACGUUAAUAAUAAAGUGUAUGUCAUAUUAAUGAUAAAUGCUAUGAGAAAAAGGAAAUAGGGCAGGUACUAGAGUUAAGGCUUUUAAAAAUAGAGUUACCAGGUCAGUGAGACCUGAGUUGCGUGCAGACCUGGAGGUGAGCAAAAUAGCCAAAGAGAUGUCGGAGUGUGAGCGUUCCAGGCGAAGAGAUCAGCCAGUGCGCAGACCCCAAGGCUUGAAUGCACCGGGCUUGUCGGAGGACUUGCAAGGAGGCUUUUGAAGAAGAGCGAGCUGAGGAAGUAGGAGGUUUAGGGACUUAAGUCCGGAAAUAGAGAUUUCGUUUUCGAACUUCUCUGGAUAAGACUGAGAAAUUAAGUAACGGAAAAAUGUCAGUGACACUGCAUACAGAUGUAGGUGAUAUUAAAAUAGAAGUCUUCUGUGAGAGGACACCCAAAGCAUGUGAAAAUUUCUUGGCUCUUUGUGCCAGUAAUUACUACAAUGGCUGUAUAUUUCAUAGAAAUAUCAAGGGUUUUAUGGUUCAAACAGGAGAUCCCACAGGUACCGGAAGAGGAGGUAACAGUAUCUGGAGCAAGAAAUUUGAGGAUGAAUACAGUGAAUAUCUUAAGCACAGUGUAAGAGGUGUUGUGUCUAUGGCUAAUAAUGGCCCAAACACCAAUGGAUCUCAGUUUUUCAUCACCUAUGGCAAGCAGCCACAUUUGGAUAUGAAAUAUACAGUAUUUGGAAAAGUGAUAGAUGGUCUGGAGACUCUAGACGAAUUGGAGAAGUUACCAGUAAAUGAGAAGACAUAUCGACCUCUUAAUGAUGUACACAUUAAGGACAUAACUAUUCAUGCCAACCCGUUUGCUCAGUAGCUAUAAUUGAUGUGGAAAAAUACUUGGCAAAAUUUGAGGGACACACCUAUUGUGGUUUAUCCAGUUUUAAUUAUGUCAGAAAUUGCAUCAUCCUGCUUGUUUACAGCUAAGAUAUAUGAGUUGGUGGUACCAACGGGAUCCAAACAGCUUUUACUCCAUCCUUAGAGCAUAUUCUUUACUUAUAACUAUUAGUUAUUUACUUAAAACUAAUAGUUAUAACUAUUAGCCAAUGUAUUUUUUUUUUAGAUCCUUUUUGUUGUUGUUGUUACAUAUAAACAUUUAUUUUUAAAUGCC